CAAAUCGGGGCAAUGACGUGGUUUAAAAGCGGAGCGGCUUCGUCCUCCCGCCACGGCGCGGUUGCUUCAACAGGCUCAAGUAUCCCUUUCUGUCCUCGUGGGAUUCCCGUAGUUCCGGAACACAUCCGCUUCCGCCCUGCUUUGGCGGGGCAUCCCUCCCGCCAAGUCCCUCGCGGGCUGCCGUAGCCCGGCUCCGCGCGCGCGUCCUGCGUCGGCGCCGCCUUCCUGGUUGCUCGGAGAGGGAAAGGGAAGAUGGCGGCGGCGGCAGUGGAGGCGCCCGCCGUGCAAGCAACUCCGGCUGCCCAGACGGGGACGGCGGCUCCGCGGACCGCGCGGAGGACGGCGGCUCAGCGGCCGCGGGCGGAGAAGUAGGCGGCCUCGCCGGCCCGGGCGCAGCAACCGCGGAGCGCUGGUCCGCGCCUCACGAUGCUGUCGGCCUUGAAGAAGCUGGUGGGCUCCGAGCAGGCCCCGGGGCGGGACAGGCCCAUCCCGGCGGGGCUGCAGUCCAUGAAUCAGGCGCUGCAGCGGCGUUUCGCGAAAGGCGUCCAGUAUAACAUGAAAAUUGUCAUCCGAGGUGACAGAAACACGGGGAAGACCACUUUGUGGCAUCGGCUGCAAGGAAAGAAAUUUGUUGAGGAAUAUAUCCCAACCCAGGAGAUCCAAGUCACCAGCAUCCAUUGGAAUUAUAAGACUACUGAUGAUAUUGUGAAGGUUGAAGUCUGGGAUGUGGUAGACAAAGGCAAGUGCAAAAAACGGGGAGAUGGGUUGAAGCUGGACAACGAUCCUCAGGAGGCAGAAUCCGAGAUGGCCUUGGAUGCGGAAUUCCUGGAUGUAUAUAAGAACUGCAAUGGUGUCGUGAUGAUGUUUGAUAUCACCAAGCAGUGGACCUUCAACUACAUCCUGAGAGAACUUCCAAAAGUCCCAACCCAUGUACCAGUGUGUGUGCUUGGGAAUUACCGGGACAUGGGCGAACACCGGGUGAUCCUGCCUGAUGAUGUGCGGGAAUUCAUUGACAACCUGAACAGGCCCCACGGCUCCUCCUACUUUCGUUAUGCUGAGUCUUCCAUGAAGAACAGUUUUGGCCUCAAAUACCUGCACAAAUUCUUCAAUAUCCCCUUCUUGCAGCUACAGCGGGAGACUCUGCUGCGGCAGCUGGAGACCAAUCAGCUGGAUAUUGACGCCACCUUGGAGGAACUCUCUGUGCAGCAGGAGACCGAAGACCAGAACUAUGAGCUGUUCCUCGAAGUGAUGGAAGCUCGUGGCCGGGGACGUGUCUCUCCUUUGGCCACCAAUGGACAGACCCUCUCCUCAGGUUCCCAGUCUCCAGUGGUUCCACCUGGCAAUGCUUCCGGGGGCUCUAGCCCCGGCACCCCCCAGCAGAGCAUGGCCAACCCCGGCCUUGCCACGGACCCUGCUGAGCCUCCAGAGCCAGGGCUGCUGCCUGAAACCCAGCCUCCCACAGUCAGUCCUGCACCAGCUGUGCCACAGAAACGUGGUAUCAUCGCUCGGCUCUUUGGGACCUCCCCAGCUCCCGAGACUGGUCCUCCCUCUCCAGAUCCUGCCGUUCCUGCCCUCCCUGCAGUUGCUCCCUCAAAAGUCCAGAGCGUAGAAGACUUUGUCCCCGAGGACAGCCUGGAUCGCAGCUUCCUGGAAGACCCCAUCCUGCAGAGAGACAAGAGGGGGAAACAGGCAGCAAAGGCCCCCACCGACAGUGACAGUGACAGAGAUGCUCCUGGUGGGAACCCCUUGGUUGCUGGCUUCCAGGAUGACCUGGACCUUGAUGAGCGUCUGUCCAGCAAGCCCCCGUUAGCAGCAGAGCUGGUCCCGAGCAAAAACGUGAACCUGUCAAGUGAGGAAGAAGAAUCCUCCAAGUUCUCCAUCAUGGGGGCUGAAGAUGCUGGGUCAGAACAAGAAAAAAAACGAGCUUCCAAAAAGUCCGUGAAACUCCUAGAGCCCUCGGCACCUCCCAGAUCCGCGGAGCUGAAAUCUCUCACCAGCCAACCUCCAGCUGAGCCAAGCAAACGCUUGAUGGCAGCCAGCGGCCCUGAGGCCCGUCCGCCCCCAGCGCCCUCUGCCUCCAAGCAGCAGGACUCCGAGAGCGACUCGGAGGGGCCCUUCGCCUCGCAGAUGCUCUCCUUCGUGAUGGACGAUCCGGACUUUGAAAGCGAGGAGUCAGAGAGCCAAAGGAAGUGCCCAGAGGAAUUUCCAGUGCGAGAGGACCUGUCAGACCUCUCCGAGGAGGACCCCCCUUCCAGACCUCCCCAGCUGCCCAAACCUGUCAUCCGCUCCUUCAGAGUGAAGGACGAGGCCGAUCUCUUUGGGUUGGGCCUGGAUAAGCCGCUUGGCCGAGACAGCAGCGAGGAAGAUAAGGAGAAGCAAUCUUUGAAGGAGAAAAAGAAAAAAAAGAAGAGAACUGGCAAAGAGGAAGAAACAGAGAAAAUUUCAGGGAGGAAAAAGAGCAAGCCCAAAAGGAGCAGGGAGAAGGAGGAGGAGGAGGAGGACAGAGGAGAAAAGGAGAAGAAGCCGCCCAAGCAGCAGCACCAGCGGAGCAAAGCCAAGCCCAGCAGGAUCGAUGAGCUGGAGGCCUUUCUCGGGGGCGGUGCUGGGGCCAGCAAGCAGCGGGGGGGUGGAGACUACGAGGAGCUGUAGCCCCCCCCCAGCCAGGUGCACGGGGCAGGCGCUCCCAGCCUCCACCACCGCCACCCCUGCCUUUCUCUGCCGCCCGUUGCCAGCGUGGCUGGAGCCCGAGGAGGCAGGAGCUGAGGAGGGGCCUGCAAGUGGCUCAGAAGCCCCCAGCCUUUCUGUCCUUUCAGCCAGGGAGCCCUGGGUUCAGGCUCCUGAGAGGCGGCCCAAAGUGGGGCUGCCCAUGGAGGCUGCAUCGUGUCCCCCACACGAAGUAGCUGCUGCUGCCCGUCAAACGAUGGAGCCGUGCUCUUUUUUUACAAUGGCUCCCCUGAGGGCUUGGCAGGUUGCAGGGUCCCAGCCAGGUGUGUGUGUGGAGGGGGGGCAGAGGCCCUCCACGUUGUGGGGGUGUUUGAGUAACCCGUGGCUUCAUUCUGGGAAUUUGGGGAGAGAAAGACAGACAUAAAUGCCCCCCUCCUCCCUGCCCUUUUCUCGGUUAUCCCAGUUUGUGUACCCUGGAAGCCCGUCUGCAGCUGAACAUCUGGAGAAAGGAGGCUAGCUUCCGCGGGUGAGGGGUGCUGUCCGCCCUUUCCUGGCUCCUCCUCAAGUGGGCUUUCCCCCUUUCCGCAUCCCUGCCUCCCAGUCACUGCUGCGUGUGUUUGCCCUGAAAUCCAGCCAGUUCUGGGUAGCAGCUGGUCCCACCUCAGCUGCGUUUUCUGUGUCCCCCCCUCCCCUCCCCCCUCUUGCACCUUCACUCGCCCUCCUGGCCUUGCUGGGUGCCUCCAGCGAUCAAAUUCCGGAAUGCACUCCGUUGUGCCCUUGUGUCCCUAGGUAUGGAUUGAAGUGGGGCUCUUUUAACAUUCCUUCCCUCUGCCCCCCCCCCCGCCCUUGGGGAAAUGCACAGGUCAUCCUUGACCUCUAGCAGCUUGCAUGGCACAGGUAGUGCUCUCAGGGCCUCUGGCCUCCCUCCUUACCCUCCAUGGGGGGAGGGUGUGCAUGACAAACCUACUCUUGACCCCUUGCCCCCCCCCAAGCCUCCCAGCCCCAUUCCCCCUUGCCCCCCACACAUUCUCCCCCCUCCCAGGAGCCUAGUCUCUGGAAUGCAGCUGGCAAUAGAGACUUGUGCUGAUCCCCUCCUUUUUCUUUUACUCCCUUUUUCUCUUUGCUUUUGGGAAAAACAGUCCCAGUGAUGCACUCCUCAUUCCAGCUGAUAAAGCUCUUGGUUGUACAA